CCUCCCUCCCGCCGCCCUCUUUCCUGCCGCCGCUGCCGAGGCCAGGAAGUUGGGGACCGGGGUAGUUUCGCCCCUUGCCGCUCCGGCCGGGGCUGGCUAGGACUGGGGCGGCUUCCUCUGGACGUGAGGGACCCUGCCAUGGGGACGUAGCGGGCCGCAGAAACAUGCGCGGCCCGGCGCUGCCCUGCAGCUCGCUGGGGACGGUUAUCCUAACAUUUCUCUGUGUGUUGACGAAGAAAUCUGUAGAAAUUGCUCCAAUGCCAUAUACACUGCAAGUGCAUCAAGUAGCUUUGGAUGGAAGAGACCCCUCUGACCCCUUGAGGAGAGAGAAGAGGCAGGUGCAGUGUCAACUAGGUCAAUACCUACAUCCCAGAGAGACCCAUUGCUGCAUGAGGUGCCAUGCAGGUACCUACAAGGUAAAAGACUGUGAUCGGCCUGAAGAGGCACCUAUCUGUCUUCCUUGUCCUAAUGGCACAUUCACAGCCAUUGAUAACAUCAUGUCCAAAUGCUUCCAGUGUACACGUUGCCGUACAGAAUUCCAACAGAUAGUAGAGACCCCUUGCACCCCAAAGCAAGAUACUGUAUGCGGCUGUCGGAAGAAUCAAUAUCAGGUUGGCCCAUCUGAUCUCUUCCAGUGUAGGAAUUGCAGCUCAUGUGUCAACGGGGCUAUUGCCAACUGUUCAAAAAACAAAGACACAAUUUGCAGGUGUAAGCCUCAGUUCUUCCUGACACUUAGUAAUAUAUGCAAGCCUUGUACCAGCUGUGUUGGAGAGGAAUGCUUGCAGUGUCACAGCCCAGUGACUACCUCACCAACUUCAUCUGGGCUGAGUGGGACCCUUGUCCUUGGCAUUGUCAGUGCAAUAUUUGGAGUACUCUUUCUUCUCUACAUUGUAAAUAAAGUAGUGAAGCUGGUCCAGGAAAACGGGAUGGUGUCGUCUUUCUACUCCUGUGUUUCUCUGCCACAGACAACCAAGGAGCCAGUAUGUGAGGCUGAGGUAAAAAGAGGUGAAAUAUCCAUUCUUCUUGCUGAGUCCCAGAAGGAAACAGAAUUGUCAGUGAAUGCAACACACUCACCUGCACCUCUGCUGCAAAGUUCACAGGAGUUACCAGACUGUGUCAGACCUGCCAGGAAGACACAGCUUCCAGACAGCUCUUCUAUUCUCUACACUGUGGUGGAUCACGUACCGCCAUCUCGGUGGAAGGAGUUUGUGAGGCGUCUGGGUCUGAGUGACUAUGCUCUAGAGCGAAUUGUGAUGGAGCAUCGGUCUUUACGAGAUGCCCAGUAUGAAAUGCUUAGACUCUGGAAACUGCAGAUGGGCCAUGCUGCAACCGUGGAGCACAUCAGUUGUGUUCUCAACCAAAUGGAGCUGAGUGGCUGCAGUGAAGCUAUUCAAGAGGCUUUGCUAAACCAAAACUCUCCUCAACCUUGCAGCCUCCACAACCAUCUUUAAUCUACUUCUGUUUUAGUUGCUUUCAUUAGGACUGUUAAGAGAGGAUUGUAAUUCCCUUCUUUUCCAGUCUUCCUUUGCCCAUACCUCACCAUCACUCCUCAGCUGGGUUUGUUGGAGACAGCAGAAGAUUAUGCUGGAGGAAGGCUGAGGUUUGCUUCUCAACCACUGUGUAGUUCAACACCUUUAAGCCAAGACAGACCUCUGCAACAACUCCUUUCCCAAGGAAGGGAAAGCACCUCAUAAAGGAACUGGUGUGCAGACUCUGACCAAGAUGAAAGAAGCAGGAGCUCAGAGUGUCUGGAUAGAUCAGCUGCUUCAUGGACAAGUUGUUGCUGAAACAGGUGCUCCACCCACCAUGAUGGUGGGUAAACUUGUAGGGUGACUUGGUUAAACAGGGUGUUCAGAUGGUAAAGUACUCACUUACUUUUUGCAGAUUUAUUUUUCUGCAAGAUCAGACAGUGGAACUGGCUCACAUUGCAGCCUUUUGAUUGCUAAAUCUGACUCGAGGGAAGUGGUGGGAGGAGGAUGUGCCUAUUUCUGGGAGCAGGAGAGGAUUGCCACCUUGUGAUAUCAACUAGUUACUGCUUUGGCAAAAGAGUCAUCGAGAUUCACAAGGGGCGAUUCUUUGAGAAACAGGAAGAUGUUAUCCUUUCCAUGCCUCCAUUUCCCUCAGGUUCAAGAGGAGUAAGGAUCCCGAGCCCAUGAGUUAGAUCAGAGGGUUGGUGCUCUUUUUUUCCUCCUCAGUUUUUAAUUUUUCUAUGAUUAGGAACCAUAUAAGACAGCAUUAACAAAACACCUGCCUGUGCGUUUGUCCAAAUGCAGAGGGAAAAGGAAUGGAUGCAUCAUCUGUCUGGGUGAGAAGGUACCUAUGUACCAGGUAGCAUGAGCACCUCUGCAAAUCUGUGCUUUCACGCAGGGCUAUAAGGCAUUGUCUGCCUUCUUACCUAUCUCUGGAUGAUUCGCUCUAACUUACCUAACUACAAAUGAGACUGUGUAUGUGUACAUAUAUAUAUAUAUUUAGCAACUGUUGAAUAACUUCACACUACUUCCUGGACUGUGUUCUGUAAUUGUCACUUGGGUGGGAGAGCCAUUUGACAUCAUGUCAUUCUCGCCAGUAUUACCCUGGGUGAAGCAGAAGCAGCAAACAAUCCAUUAGCCUGCAUCAGGUGCAGGUUAUCCACACAUUUGUAAGGUGGAUUUUUAAAUCUUUUGUCUCUUGACCAAAGAGAAACUUUCUACUGUAAAUACACUAAGUGCUCUGAAUUAAAAUUUGUAUUUUUA